CCAGACGGUCUUCCUGGGAUUUGUCUAGACCCGGGGCGGCACCUUCCAGAGGCUGAGUGGGACUAACGGGACUGUAGGACGCAGGGGACCCCGAGUCGAGUCUCCCGUCCGGAGGGACACCUGGGCUCUCAGCGCUGAGUUGUCGGGAGAUCCGAACUUGAGACCGAGAUCGCAGUAGAGCUGGGGAGGUACUUGGGGACCAUGCCGUACAUGCUCAUUAGUACCCAGAUCCGCAUGGAGGUGGGUCCCACCAUGGUGGGAGAUGAAUUCUCUGACACGGAGCUGAUGCAGUACUUGGGGGCCACAAAGAGGAAUAUGCUGGGAAACCAUUUUUGGGAGUACUGUGUCAACGACCCACCCCGAGUAGUUCUGAACAAACUGGAGGCCCGAGGCUAUCGUGUGGUGAGCAUGACCGGCGUGGGCCAGACCCUCGUGUGGUGCCUGCACAAGGAGUAGCCCCGGCUAGAGGUCCCAGUGGAGAGCCGCCCCUCCUCUCGCCCUGUCAGGGGCCCCUGGCACAAGCUGCUGUCCACGGUGACGGAGGAAGGCUGGCUGCCCGGCCUGCUUUGGCCCCACCACAGCCAGUAGGACAACCUUCCUAGAGGGAGAAGGAACUUUGCCCGGGGCGGGGGUGGGGGCAUCUAAUCCUAGAUUUCCCCAACCACGGCCCCAGCAGUCUGGUGGGUCCAGGUCAAACUGUAAGCUAGUCUGAGCCAAUAAAGAACUGUGCUGA